CUCGAAGAAGCCCUGGCGCGCCCUCCCCCCCUCCCGGGUCUGGUAGGGCGAAGGAACGGGCGUGCGGUCGAUCGAGCGAUCGGUUGGCGGCUCUUUCUCCUGCUCUGGCAUCCAGCUCUUGGGGCGCAGGCCCGGCCGCCGCGGCGCGCGCCCGGUGGCCGUUGGCGCUCGCGCCGCGUCUUUCUUCUCGUACGCAGAACUCGGGCGGCGGCCUAUGCGUUUGCGAUUCGACGAGGAGUCGUCCGGGUGGUCGGCGGCGGCGGGCAGCUGCUCCGCCCCGCUCCGGGGGAGGCGGCGGCGGCAGCGGCCGCGGGAUUUGGAGCGGCCGGGGAGGCGGGGGUGGCCGGGGCCGGCCUGGAGGCCUGGCGCCACCCUUCGGGGCCUGCAAGGACCCAGUUGGGGGGGCAGGAGGGGGCCGGAGGAUGGUUGGUUGUGGGAUUUCUACUUUGCCUUUUCCUCCUUAUGCCGCCUUAG